AUGUGUUGUGAAUUAGGACUUAAGGAAAAGAGCCUGCUGCCCAUGGUUUGGCAUGGUAGAAACAAAAGGAAGACCAAUGUUGGUCAGUAUGAGAGCCACACUGUUUUCACCCUUCCAGGGCUAUAUCGGGUUGUUCAUGUCAUUGAUGUAUUUUACCCAAAGUUCAAUAUUGUCUCUAUGGGGGCUGAUAUGGCCAUAUACUUCCCAUGCUCUGACAAGCAGGAAAGACUUGCAGCCGUACACAAUUCAAUAUAAAAGAUGCUACAUGAUCCUGAGCAGACUGAUAAGUGGAUUGGUACACUGACCGAUUGGUCAAAGCCCAUAAUUUUUUCCAUGGCAAGGCUGGACCGAAGCUAGAACAUGACAGGGUCGGUAGAGUGCUGUGAUAAGAAUACUGAACUGAGGGAGCAGGUAAACCUUGACAUAGUAGCUGAUUAUAUUGAUGUUAAGAAGUCCAAAGACAGGGAACAAAUUCAUGAGAUUGAGAGGAUGCAUGCACUUAUGAAGAAAUACAAUUUGGAUGGACAAUUUCACUGCAAAACAGCCCAAACGAAUCAAGCACGCAAUGGUGAGCUCUAUCGCUACAUAGCAGACACCAAGGGAGCCUUUGUGCAGCCUGCUUUUUAUGAAGCCUUUGGACUCACUGUAGUGGAGGCUAUGACUUGCGGUCUCCCAACAUUUGGUUGCCACGGUGGUCCUGCUGAGAUUAUUGGGCAUGGUCUAUCAGGAUUCCAUAAUCCUGACCAGGCUGCUGCACUCAUGGCAUUUUUCUUUGAAAAGUGCAAGGAGGAUCCAAGCUACUGGAAAAAAAUAUCUGAUGCUGGGCUUCAACGGAUUUAUGAAAGAUAUACAUGGAAGAUUUACUCUGAAAGGCUAAUGAGUUAGGUGGGGGCAUAUAGUUUUUGGAAGCAAACUUGAGAGGCUCAGACUCGAAGAUAUCUCGAGAUGUUCUACAUUCUCAAAUUCGUGAUUCGAAGAAACAUGGUCUCAUAGCUGUGGCUCUGGCUCUUCAAAUGCAAUCUUGGAUAGUUUAAAGUUUCCAAAAUUCAUAUUAACUCGACAUU